CAAUUUUCGGUAAUUGAUACAUUCAAUAAGUUCUCGUUGGGGUAUUAGCAAGGAAGCGCAGCAUGAAACUUGUACUUUUCCUUUUAUCCAUUGCUUUGAUGAGCAAGGUAUCAUUGGCCGGUGUAUUUGGCCGCUUCAGACGUGAUGUCACCCAAGAAGGCUUGGAUUCAACCCUUGAACUUUUCAAACGAUUAUCUGCAGCCACAGGGCCUCUUGUGACGUCCGUUUUAGACCAGGUACCGAAAACCGAUGCUUUUGCCCCUUACAGGAAAGAACUGGAGGAAUAUCUGGAAGCAUUUAACGAAUACAAAACGAAGAAGGGACUUUGUUUCCAAAAAUCUACCGAACUGCUAGAGAAAUUCAGCAACUUAGUGGAGAAAUACGAAAAGGAAGAUGCCCCCACCGAGGCCAAAAAAGUUGACGAACUCUUCAACAGUUAUAACAGCGAGAAAUUGGAAAGCGAAAUUGAAGAAUAUGUGAAAAAAAUGGAUGCAAUGGUGGAGCAAGAUUCGAAUGAAGUUGAUUCGGAUGCUGUGGGCUUCCAACUUCUUGGCAUGAUGUUUGCAGUUUGUUAAAUGUAAGAACAUAUAUGUAUGGAUUCGUGUUACGAAAGUGUGAAUUUUUACAAUAAACACACAAAUAAAAUUCAAAUUAAUAAUUGCUCUGCUGCAAUUGUGUCAAUUUACCAUUGACUUGGAAAGUGAGAAAUCAAAAGCAAAAUUGGAAGAAGAUUUUUUGAUAUUUUUUAAAUAUUUAAAUGUCUAAGUUGGAGGGAACAGCGUUAAAGUUCUUUACAUGAAAAAUAGUAAUGACGACAUACAUUACCGUCACAUCUAAAUAUUCUUAUUUCUUUAGAUAUCAUCCUUGUAAACUAAAUAUGUAUUGUAACUUGGCACUAUUGUUCGCAAUUUUACUUUAUUGUCCUCUAUACCAUACUAGACUGGGUCUCUUUUAUAAACUUCAGCAGAAUAAACAACUUCAUAUGAAAGGAAGGUGAAAAUAAAAUAUAGUACUUGUCUCAAAACACAA